UGCCACCUAAAAAGAUUUAGUAAUUUACUGGUUAAUUACUUAUGUUCAGUGUAAGAGGUGGGUGAUCAAUUAGACUGUUGUUGUUACACUUAACCUUUCAAGAUACGAUGAUAAUAACAUUGUUCAACAAAGGCUUAAAACAAAAGGAAAUCAGCUGUGUACUCAAUUCAUAUGGGCAUAAAAUAAGUGAGAGGCAUCUGAGACGAGUUUUAAAACUUCUAGGGUUGAAGCGAAGAUGCCCCCAACGACCUUUUACUGAAAUCCACAAAGCAGUGGAGAGUGAGAUGAAACAGUGGUCUCCUGAACAAGGAAUCAGGGCAAUGGUAAAGCGGGUAAGGGAUGUCAGAGGAGUGCGGCCUUGUUACAGAGACGAUGUUGCUAAUAUAAUGAGGGAUAUGGAUGCAAGUGGUCUUCAGAGGAGAUCUCCUGGAAAGAAGAAAAUUCCCCGUCGGAAUUACAUCAGCCGUGGUCCAAAUGACACCUGGCACAUUGAUGGCAAUGAUAAACUGAAGUUCUUUGGAAUGUGGAUACAUUUGGGGAUUGAUGGAUUUUCCAGGAAGGUUCUAUGGCUAAAGGUGGGCACAUCCAACCGCAAACAAAACUUUGUGGCCAGAUACUUCUUUGAGGCUGUUCAAGAACAGGGUGGCUGUCCUCAAAUGAUUCGGGGGGACAGAGGAAAGGAGAACCUUGUUGUGGGUCAAAUGCAGAUGGCAUUUCACAUGCGAGAUCUUGGGAAUCAGGCAUGGAGGUGCUUCAGAAUGGGGACAUCAGUGCACAACCAGAGAGCUGAAUGUUUUAACAGUAUUUUAAAGCGGACAUGGAUUAAGAAAUGGCUGACAACAUUUGAGGCCAUGAUGGAGUCUGGGAUCCUUGAACUGGACAAUCCUGUGCACAUGUAA